GCCCAGGAAGGCAGAGCGGGAAGGGAGUGUUACAGGCAGGAAGUUCGUAAAGCCUGUGUUUAUAGAUCAGGAUCCCUUGAGCUGAGCUGAGGAUGGCAAGGAGGCAGCAAUACCAACAGUCUGGGAGGGCAACCAAUUGGACAGACCCAACUGUGAUAUCUCUCUCUCUGCCCACAGGCCAGGACUCUGCCAGUCCCAUCCGGACCACAUACACGGGCCAGGUGCUGGGGAGUCUUGUCCAUGUCAGGGGCACCGAUACCGGGGUCCAUACCUUCCUGGGAAUUCCCUUUGCCAAGCCACCUCUAGGUCCGCUGCGAUUUGCACCCCCUGAGCCCCCUGAAUCUUGGAGUGGUGUGAGGGAUGGAACCACCCAUCCGGCCAUGUGUCUGCAGGACCUCACUGCACUGGAGUCAGAAUUUUAUAGCCAGUUAAAUGUGACCAUCCCUUCGGUCCCCAUGUCCGAGGACUGCCUGUACCUCAACAUCUACACGCCGGCCUAUAGCCAUGAAGGCUCUAACCUGCCGGUGAUGGUGUGGAUCCAUGGUGGUGGGCUUGUUUUUGGCAUGGCUUCCAUGUAUGAUGGUUCCAUGCUGGCCGCCUUUGAGGACGUGGUGGUGGUCACCAUCCAGUACCGCCUGGGUGUCCUGGGCUUCUUCAGCACUGGAGACAAGCAUGCAGCUGGCAACUGGGGCUACCUGGACCAAGUGGCCGCACUACGCUGGGUCCGGCAGAAUAUCGCCCACUUUGGAGGCAACCCUGACCGUGUCACCAUUUUUGGCGAGUCUGCGGGUGGCACGAGUGUGUCUUCGCUUGUUGUGUCCCCCAUGUCCCAAGGACUCUUCCAUGCGGCCAUCAUGGAGAGUGGCGUGGCCCUCAUGCCCUGCCUCAUUGCCAGCUCAGCAGAUGUUAUCUCCACGGUGGUCGCCAAUCUGUCAGCCUGUGACAAAGUUGACUCUGAGGCCCUGGUGGGCUGCCUGAGGGGCAAGAGUAAAGAGGAGAUCCUUGCAAUUAACAAGCCUUUCAACAUGAUGAUCCCUGGAGUGGUGGAUGGGGUCUUCCUGCCCAGGCACCCGCAGGAGCUGCUGGCCUCUGCUGAGUUUCAACCUGUCCCCAGCAUCAUUGGUGUCAACAAUGAUGAAUUUGGCUGGAUCAACCCCAGUGACACAAGUAUCUAUGACACCCAGAAGGAAAUGGACAGAGAGGCCUUCCAGGCUGUUCUGCAGAAAAUGUUAACGCUGAUGAUGUUGCCUCCUACAUUUGGUGACCUGCUGAUGGAGGAGUACGCUGGGGACAAUGGGGAGCCCCAGAGCCUCCAAGCCCAGUUCCAGGAGAUGAUGGCAGACUCCAUGUUCGUGAUCCCUGCACUCCAAGUAGCACAUUUUCAGCGUUCCCGGGCCCCUGUGUACUUCUAUGAGUUCCAGCAUCAGCCCAGCUGGGUCAAAAACAUCAGGCCGCCGCACGUGAAGGCAAACCAUGGUGAUGAGGUUUCUUUUGUUUUCGGAACUUUCUUCUGGGGCAACUACGUUAAAUUCACUGAGGAGGAGGAGCGGCUAAGCAGAAAGACGAUGAAGUACUGGGCCAACUUUGCUCGAAACGGGAACCCCAACGGCGAGGGUCUGCCACACUGGCCGCUGUUCGACCAGGAGGAGCAAUACCUACAGCUGAACCUACAGCCUGCAGUGGGCCGGGCUCUGAAGGCCCACAGGUUCCAGUUCUGGAAGACGGCGCUGCCCCAGAAGAAGAUCCAGGAGCUCGAGGAGCCUGAAGAGAAACACAGAGAGCUGUAGCUCCUAGUGCCAGGGAGGAGGGGUUGGGCUCGCUUACAGGCGAGCGUCAGCCUGCUGUGCCCACACACGCCCACUGAGGAGAAAGAAGUUGAUUCCUUCAUUCAUGUAGCCAUUCAUUCAUUCUUCCGUCCAUCCAUUCAGAAAGCAUUUAUUAAGAACUUACUCAGGCAUGA